CUCCAGCUGCCUCGUCGUUCCUAAACACAAGCGAAUUUGCCAUGAAGACGACACAGUGGAUGAUCGUCGGCCUCCUCAGCGUCGUGGCCGCUGCGCCCGCGCCCGCGCCGAUUCCGACGCUCGACCGCUUCAACGGCGUCUGUUCGAGUGACGAAGACUGCGCCAAGUUUCCCGGCACCGUCUGCGUCCAGAUCCUCUCGGGCGACUACUCGCAGGGCAAGUGCACGCCCAACUAUGGCACGCGCCCGAACGGCUUCAACGGCCCGACGUGCGGCGGCAAGCUCGACAUUUGCGCGGGCGUCACGUGCUCGGGCGGCGGCUACACGAGCGGCGCGUCCGGCAAAGCUUGCACGUGCUUUUGUCCCAAGUGCCCUGCUGGCACAACCUGCACGGCAUGUGGGGGCGCCGACGGCCGCGAUUGCUCGACGUGCCCGGCGUCCACCCGGCUCAACGCGAGCAGCACGCUCCACCUCGCUGGUCUCGUCGCGGCCCUCGCCGCUUGUUUUACUUUGCUCCUGUAAGAGCCCGUGCUUGUGGCGGCCGCUUGCCGAGCGCGCCACGUAAGCUGUUUUAGAUUUAACGUCAACCAUGGGAUUGCCAUGUCUCGGAAA